AGUUUUUUAGCAGCUAUUGAUCAAGUUAUCCCAGGUGACUACGAAUUGCUACAAUGCGAUGCAAAGCGAGAGUGGUGUUACUGCGCCGAUGCAAAAACUGGAAGGGAGGCACCGAACUCACGCAAAGGAACGGGAGAGAACAAAUACAUCAUCUGUGGAAGUACAAAUAAUUCCAUUGACCCCAACGAACUUUUCUAUGCCGACGCUAUCUUACAACAGCGGGAACGCUACUCAGUCGCAAGCCCGACAUGCAAACUGGACAAAAGUAAGGGCGUGGCUUGUCAAGGUCAAGGGGCCCAGCCUUCAGUUAGGUACUAUUUCGAUUACAACACGGCUACCUGUCUAGCUUUCGAAUAUCUUGGUUGCGGUGGGAAUGCGAACAACUAUCGCACUUCUUCGGACUGCUUUUCCAAUUGUUUUUUCGCGGAUCAAUCUGGAUGUGCCGGUAUGUAUCCUUCAGCCCGACUGUCAAAUGGGUACUCAAUCAUCUGCCCACGACUAAUGUUACCUCCUGGCACCAAACCUGCUACGACGAUAGUAGGUCCAAAGCUCAACAAGGAGGACUGUCCGCUGGACCAUUCAUGCAGAAUGGGAGCAUUUUUUGGAACCUGUUGCCCUCAGGCGAAUGAAGAUCGAUUCGAUGCUGCUUAUAAUCGGAAGUGCAGCAACGGUCGUGAACCGUACUCGAUACCUAAAGAUGGCUGGCGGAGAAGUCCUACGUGGGAAGACAUGCAAGGACAACUUCUGCCCUACGGGAUACAAAUGCCAGGAUGCUGA